GGGUACUGUAUUAUAUUGGUACCAGCGCACAGCCGUACAUAUCAAUAAGUAUCUUUCGAAUGUUUUUCAGUUUCAUUUUAUUUAUAUUAUCAGCGUUUAAUUAAUUUUUUUUUAAUAUAUUUGGAAUAAUACGAUAUAUAUCUAGUACAAAAUAAUGUCUAUUGAAAUUGAAUCAGCGGAUGUGAUCCGCUUGAUCCAGCAGUAUCUGAAGGAAUCAAAUCUCAAUAAGACACUACAGACCUUACAAGAGGAAACGGGAGUGUCUCUGAACACAGUGGACAGUGUGGACGGGUUCUGUGCCGACAUAAACAAUGGACACUGGGACACAGUGUUGAAAGCGACAGCAUCACUGAAGCUGCCCGACAAGAAGCUGAUGGACCUGUACGAGCAAGUGGUGCUGGAGCUGAUCGAGCUGCGGGAGCUCGGCGCUGCGCGCACCAUGCUGCGACAAACGCAUCCGUGUCUGCUUAUGAAACAGAAGGAGACCGACCGGUACAUACACCUCGAGAACCUGUUGUCGCGGUCGUACUUCGACCCGCGCGAGGCGUACGGCGGCGGCGGCGGCGGAGGCGGAGGCGCAGGCGGAGGCGGAGGCAAGGAGCGGCGCCGCGCGGCGGUGGCGGCGGCGCUGGCCGGGGAGGUGUCGGUGGUGGCCAGCUCGCGACUGCUGGCGCUGCUCGGGCAGGCCCUCAAGUGGCAGCAGCACCAGGGCCUGCUGCCGCCCGGAACUACAAUCGAUCUGUUUCGCGGUAAGGCUGCUAUAAGGGACGAGGAGGACGACCAGUGCCCGACUCAACUUUCCAAAAUAAUUAAAUUCGGUCAGAAGUCACACGUGGAGUGUGCCAGGUUCUCUCCGGACGGCCAGUACUUGGUGACCGGGUCGGUGGACGGGCUGGUGGAGGUGUGGAACUUCACGACGGGCAAGAUCCGCAAGGACCUGCGCUACCAGGCGCACGAGGAGUACAUGAGCAUGGAGGAGGCCGUGCUCAGCCUCGCGUUCGGACGAGACAGCGACACGCUCGCCGCCGGCUCCAACGACGGCAAGAUCAAGGUGUGGAAGGUGUCGUCGGGGCAGGUGCUGCGGAGGCUGGACCGCGCGCACUCCAAGGGCGUCACGUGUCUGCAGUUCACUCGGGACAACUCGCAGAUCCUCUCCGCCUCCUUCGACCGCACCAUCAGGAUUCACGGGCUGAAGUCUGGCAAGAUCCUGAAGGAGUUCCGCGGGCACUCGUCGUUCGUGAACGAGGCGGUGUUGACCCCGGACGGGCACGCGGUGCUGAGCGGGUCCUCGGACGGCAGCGUGCGGGUGUGGUCGGUGCGCAGCGGCGAGUGCACGGCCACCCUCAAGCCGCUCGGCGGCGGCGAGCCGCCCGUCAACUCCCUGCUGCUCACGCCCAAGAACCCCGAGCACUUCGUGGUGUGCAACCGCACCAACACCGUGGCCAUCAUGAACAUGCAGGGCCAGAUCGUGCGCUCGCUGUCGUCGGGGCGGCGCGAGGCGGAGGGCGGGGCGCUGGUGGCGGCCGCGCUGGGGGCCCGGGGCCGGCUCGUGUACUGCGCCGGGGAGGACCUCGUGCUGUACGCCUUCUGCGCCGCCACCGGCAAACUCGAGCGGACCAUCAACAUUCACGAGAAGGCUGUCAUUGGGCUGACGCACCACCCGCAUCAGAACCUGCUGGCGACGUACAGCGAGGACGGUCUCCUCAAGUUAUGGAAACCUUAAACGGAACCGUCCCCCCCACCCCACAAGGCAUACUAGGAUAUUAAUUGGCGAACGUCGCGCUGAUUACAUGGCCAGUAUGUCGUAAUAUGUCUAAGUACACAUAUACCAGACGAUGCAACCUCGUUUGCGGAGAUCUAUAUAUGAAGACUACGCGACACGUCCGGCCCGCUGCUCGGAUGUAUACCGUUAUAGUACAGGACGUGGCGAGUGGUUGAAAUUAAAAAAGCAAUGAGAGAAGGAGUGCGGCGCGGCGCGGCUCGGACGCUCGCCUACCGCGCGGUAAGAUGCUAAUCAAAUACUGCACCAAGAAAUGUCAGUAUUUCAUUAAUUGCAAUGAACAUUUAUUUUUAUCUAAAGACUUUAUCGGAUAUAUUUAGUAAAUGUACUUUUAAAGGUUCAAGAAAAGUGUAAUUAACAGCGUUUACAAUAGGACUAGUAAAAUGAAUAAUAUGUGUCAUGUUAACAACUAUGGACUGUAAAAUGAAAAUUGUCGCUCUCCGUAAACGAGGCUCUACAUUCGCCGACAUCGGCCGCGUGUUGUUUCGAGUCAUCAGUGCUCACUACUGAUCAGUCCUACAUGUAUAAGUUUUAAGUUAUUUUUUAAUAAUAAGUGUUCUAUACAUACAAACUAGUUUUAUUGUGAUCCCAAAAUCAACCCCAGAGUGAAACUGUAGGAAUCAGAGCCAUUGAACCUCACUCACAAUGCUUUUGAUGAUGUGAAGAGUGAAAUCGAAAUAAAUAAAAAAAAAGUAGGCCUAUAGGUA